AUGGCACAACUUACAGCCGAGUUACAUGAUCGUAUGGCUACAGCACGUCGAGGCGGCGGAGAGAAUGCUCGUGCACGUCAUGAAGCACGUGGUAAAAUGGCUGUUUGGGAUCGGAUUGACUCAUUAUUGGAUCCUGGUUCCCCAUUCCUUGAGCUGUCGCCAUUGGCUGCCUAUGACAUGUACGGAGGAGAUGUACCAAGUGCUGGGAUUGUUACAGGCAUUGGCCACGUUAGUGGCAUUGAAUGCAUGAUACUGGGAAAUGAUGCAACAGUCAAAGGUGGCACUUAUUUCCCUUUGACUGUCAAGAAACAUUUACGGGCCCAGGAGAUUGCACAGGAAAACCGUCUUCCUUGUAUUUAUCUCGUGGACUCGGGUGGUGCCUUUUUGCCGCUGCAAGCUGAGAUCUUUCCAGAUCGUGACCAUUUUGGAAGAGAGUUUUAUAAUCAGGCUACUAUGUCUGCUAUGGGCAUUCCUCAGAUUGCUGUGGUCAUGGGCAGCUGUACCGCUGGAGGUGCUUAUGUACCGGCCAUGUCGGACGAGAGUGUUAUUGUAAAGGGAAAUGGCACAGUGUUUCUAGGAGGACCUCCAUUAGUAAAAGCAGCGACUGGAGAAGUAAUUACGCCAGAAGAAUUGGGCGGUGCAGAUAUUCAUUGUCGUACGUCUGGUGUGACGGAUCAUUAUGCGAACAAUGAUGCUCACGCAUUGGAUAUCACACGACGUAUUGUGAGUAACUUGAACUAUAUCAAACAACCUAAUGUUACGCAGACGAUGAGCGAGGAGCCACUUUAUUCUCCUGAAGAACUAGGAGGAGUCAUUCCGGUAGACUCUCGCAAGUCUUUUGAUGUGAGGAAGGUGAUUGCGCGUAUUGUAGACGGCAGUCGUUUUGAUGAGUUCAAGAAGGAGUAUGGACCGACGAUCGUCACGGGCUUUGCACGUCUGUAUGGAAACCCUGUCGGGAUUAUUGCCAACAAUGGCAUUCUUUUCUCCGAGUCAUCUGUCAAGGCGACGCACUUUAUCGAGCUAUGCAGCCAGCGCGGGAUCCCUCUGCUGUUUCUCCAAAAUAUCACGGGCUUUAUGGUUGGCAAGAAGGCUGAGCACGGUGGCAUCGCAAAGGACGGCGCUAAAAUGGUCAUGGCCGUUUCUAAUGCUAAGGUGCCCAAGAUCACGUGCAUCAUUGGCGGCUCUUACGGUGCAGGCAACUAUGGCAUGUGUGGUCGUGCAUUUUCGCCUCGCUUCUUGUACAUGUGGCCAAACGCUCGCAUUUCUGUCAUGGGUGGCGAGCAGGCGGCGGGUGUGCUUGCUCAAGUGCAGCGUGAUAACUACGAACGUCGCUCAGAGACUUGGUCUGCUGAGGAAGAAGCAGCGUUCAAGCAACCUAUUCUCGACAAGUACGAGGUCGAGAGUUCGGCGUAUUAUUCGACAGCUCGUCUCUGGGAUGACGGCAUCAUCGAUCCCAAGGACACUCGCAAGGUGCUGGGACUAAGUCUUAGCGCUGCACUGAAUGAGAAGCCCCAGGAAACAAAGUUUGGCGUCUUCCGAAUGUGA